AUGGACAUCCCCAUCAACAGCAGAGACUUCCGCUGUCUGCAGUUGGCCUGUGUGGCACUUGGCCUGGGGGCUGGCAGCAUCAUCGUUGGUGUCUCUGUGUCCAAAGCCGCAGCUGCCAUGGGCGGUGUCUUCAUUGGUGCUGCUGGUCUGGGGAACCUAAGAAUCCACCCCCAUUCAGGGGCAGACCGUGGGGAGAGAGGAUCCAGCGCCAAUGGCAAUAAAGAGGGAACUCGCAGCAGCCUGUCUACUGUGAGCAGGACCCUGGAGAAGCUGAAGCCCGGGGGCCGGGGUGCUGAGGAGGGCUGA